AUGAUAAAACCACGAACAGAAGAUGUCAUAGAAGUGUUAGGACAGUUAGAAGCAGAUAUUCGUGACAUCGAAACAACAGAAGCGAUGAUUAGAGGAGACAUCAACUACGACACAGUGUUGCACUCAACUUACCUCCCAAUGUACGAACAAUUCCAACUCAAACAUCAACUCGCGUUCAGCAGAAGACAACUCAAACAAACACUCGAGGUUAAGGGCGUAUUGGCAAGGCGGUUCAACGUACCUCAAAA